AUGAAAAUCCUCAUCACAGGCGCAAAUGGCUUCGUCGGCCAAAUCCUCGCCCAUCACCUCCUCACCACAAACACAGCCACCCACCUCAUCCUCGCCGACCUUCACGAACCCCCCAACCCCAGCCCCUCCUCCUCUUCCUCAGAAAAUGUCACUUGCACAGCCGCAGACCUGACCUCCCCUGCCGCCUGCACCGCCCUCAUAUCCCAAAACCCAGAUGCAGUCUACAUCUUGCACGGCAUCAUGUCCAGCGGCAGCGAAGCCAACCUCGAUCUCGGUCUUGCUGUGAACUUUGAAUCCGUGCGCACGCUGCUCGACACAAUCCGCACGCUACGCCCAGGCAUCAAGGUAGUGUUUACCUCGUCGUGCGCCGUGUACGGGCGCGCAGCCGUGGAGAACGUGGCGACAGAAAUGGAUGUAGUUCCCAUGCCCGAAUCCAGCUACGGGACACAGAAACUCAUGAUUGAAUUCUUGAUUAACGAUUACUCGCGCCGGGGUCUGAUCGAUGGGCGUGCGGUGCGGCUCCCGACUGUUUUUGUGAGAGCGGGGGCGCCGACGGCGGCGGCAUCAUCUUUCGUAUCUGGGAUAGUUAGGGAGCCUGUGAAAGGCAUCGAGGCGGAGUUGCCUGUGGACCCGAAGAUAGGGAUUUGGCUUACGUCGCCGCGGACGUUGGCUGCGAAUUUGGUGCAUGCGGUUAAGGUGCCAAAGGAAAAGUUCGGGCAUUUUAGACAGGUAUUGUUGCCCGGGUAUACGGCUACGAGUGGAGAGAUUCUGGAUGCGUUGGAGAAGGUUGCGGGGAGGGAGACGAGGGCGUUGGUCAAGGAGAAGAGGGAUGAGGGUACGGAGAGGAUUGUGUUGAGUUGGCCGGCGAAGUACGACACCACUCGAGCGAAGGAGCUGGGGUUUAGUGAAGAUGUGGGACUGGAACAGACGAUUAGGGAUUUCAUCGAGGGAGAGAAGCUGAAGGCCAAGUCAUAA